AUGAACACGGUUGUGAUCGGGGAGAAGCCAUUGAAGUUUAGUUACGAACACAGCAGGGGCAACAAUACAACCCUUUUGGAGGGAACCUUUGAGUUGGAUCCUGCGAACAAGGUUUCGGUUAAUUACGCGUUUGACUCAAAAAUCUGCAAGUUGAAGUACACUUAUGUUCAUGAGGAGUUGACAACAUUUGAACCUACCUAUGACAUGGCUAAGAAUACGUGGGACUUUGCAACGAUUGCAGCAUCCGUUAAAUUGGUUGAGAAAUUGAAAACUCCCACACUUACUGCUGAGACUACAUGGAACUUUAAGAUGUAG